AUGUUUGUUGCACUUAUUUUUGGCGUUGUUACCUUGAUCAGUUUUAUCAUCUAUCACCAAUUCUUUCGAAAGAAAUAUGCCUUACUAAGUCUCCCUCCGGGGCCAAAGGCUCUGCCAAUUAUUGGUAAUCUCUUGGAUCUUCCGCCCGCCGGGACUCCCGACUUUCAGCAUUGGUUCAAAUUCAAAGAUCUCUAUGGUCCCCUCAGCUCUGUAACAGUGCUGGGUCAAACAAUGGUCAUAUUCCACGAUAAGCAAGCAGCAUAUGAGGUUAUGAACAAAAUGUCUCUUAAGACUUCCAGUCGGCCAAAAACAGUUUUCGCAUACGAGCUGUGUGGUUUUGAAAACUACACGUCUGGUAGAUCGUACGAUGCAACAUUCCGGCUGCAUCGAAAACUCAUGCACCAGCAGGCAGGUACAAAAUUGCUUGCUGCGCGGUUCAAUGAAAUUCAAGAUGUAGAGUCGGGUCAUCUUUUGCAGCGCAUCUUGGAUGAUCCUGAGAAUCUUAUUAAACAUUUUAAAACCGAGGCGGGCGCCAUUAUCCUAAAAAUUGUAUAUGGCUAUUCAAUCGAUCCACACGAAGCUGAUCCUUUAGUGGAAUUGGUCGAGAAGAUGAUGGAGAACUUUUCAGCAGCAAUGACUCCCAUGGGAAAUUUGGUUGAUAUUAUUCCUGCUCUUCAGCAUCUGCCCAAUGGAUUUCCGGGAACAGCGUUUAAAAAUACAGCCCAGAAAAUGAAAAAGGUCAACCUUGACACAGUUAAUAUCCCCUAUACGUUCGUUGAGCAGCAAAUGGCAAACGGCACCCAUCAUUCUUCAUUCGUAUCAGGUCUGAUUGAACGAUACAAGGAUGAUAAAUCCAAUGUUGGAAAGCUGCACCAGGAUAAUGAAGAAGCUAUCAAGUGGGUGGCAGGAAUCCUGUACGGCGGAGGUGCCGAUACAACUGCGUCAGCUCUGAGCGCCUUUGCAUUAGCCAUGGUCUUAUUUCCAGAAGUCCAGAAGAAGGCACAGGAGGAAAUCGACAACGUAAUUGGCACAACUCCGAACAGGCUUCCUCAGUUCGAAGACGAAGAGCGGCUGCCAUAUAUCUCAGCUGUCGCCAAAGAACUGCUAAGAUGGUUUUCUGUUGUACCAAUAAGCACGCCCCACAUGGCCGAUGAAGAGAUUAUAUAUGGCGCUUAUCGGAUUCCAAAAGGGUCAUUCUUGCUCCUCUCAUCAUGGUGGUUUCAUCAUGAUUCGCAAACAUACCCAGAUCCGUUUCGUUUCUCUCCAGAGAGGUUCCUAGAGCCACGAAAUGAGCCUCAUCCAGAUGAAACAUUUGGCUGGGGCCGCAGAAUAUGCCCUGGCCGAUAUAUUUCCAACGAUAAUCUCUUUAUAACGAUUGCGCGGCUGUUAGCAACGUUCAAUAUCACGAAGACAACUGACGAAAAGGGAAGACUUAUAGAACCUAGAGUGGAAUAUAUGCCAGGACUAGUUUCUCGCCCGGCGAAUUUCCCAUAUGCUAUUGCCGCGAGGAGCCAGAAGCAUGCGGAACUCAUCCGUUCUAUUGAGGUAAACCAUCCUUGGGAAAAGAGCGACGCCGAUUUUCUUGUAUUUGAUCGUGAUCAGCAGCCUGCAGAUGAGAAGAUAAAAUACUCGUAA